UCAGUAAGUUUUUUUUUUUUUUUUUUUUUGAGUCUGCACCCAUCCCAUUUUCUCCCUCCUCAUUGUGAUUCGACUGCCUCUUUCUCUCCUUUAUAUGCUGUGGGACUCCCCCCACCUCCCCUCCUCCUCUUCUCCUUUGAGCCUCAAAAGGGCGACCCACUGUUGCUGAGCCGUAUUUUCCCUUCAGGAUGGGAUUCCUCAGACAUCUGCGCUCCAUAAAGAAUGAGCUCAUCCUCUUCUCGACUCCGUGCAUCCUUCUCCCUCUGCCUUUAGUGAUCGGGACGCCGGAAGCGGAAUGUGCCUAUGUGAUUAUCCUGAUGGCGCUGUACUGGUGCACAGAGGUCCUGCCGCUGGGUGUGACAGCUCUGCUCCCAGCUGUCCUUUUCCCACUUUUUGGCAUAAUGCCAUCCAAAGACGUGGGUAUGCAGUAUUUAAAGGACACAAAUUUGUUAUUUUUGGGAGGACUGAUGGUCGCUGUGGCUGUGGAGCACUGGAAUCUACACAAGCGUAUAGCUUUAAGGGUGCUGCUGUUUGUUGGUGUUCGUCCAGCACUCUUGAUGCUGGGUUUCAUGGGUGUCACUGCAUUCCUGUCCAUGUGGAUCAGUAACACAGCUACAACAGCCAUGAUGGUGCCCAUUGUCCAAGCCGUGAUGGAUCAGCUCAACACCAGUGAAAAAGAAGUACCUCAGAUCCUCAGCUCGGACGAACACGUCCAAACAUCAGAUGCUGACAGCAAGCACACACAGACAGAAAAAGACAAUGAAGGGCACGGCCCGGUGGUGGUGACCUUUUUAGAUGCGUCCGUAGAAAUCGCCAGACAUAAAGAGGCAGCAGAAAGACGCAAAAUGUGUAAAGGGAUGACCUUGUGUGUUUGUUAUGCUGCCAGCAUCGGAGGCACUGCCACGCUCACAGGAACCGGUCCCAAUUUGGUGCUCCAGGGUGGGAUGAAUCAACUGUUUCCUGAAAAUGGGGAUGUGAUUAACUUUGCCUCCUGGUUUGGCUUUGCCUUCCCAAACAUGAUCCUUAUGCUCACAGUGGCCUGGCUUUGGCUGCAGUUUGUCUUCAUGGGAUUCAACUUUAGGAAGACAUGGGGUUGUGGGACUGUAAAGACAGAAAAAGAGAUUGCUGCCUACAAUGUGAUCCGGGAGCAACAUCGACUGCUCGGGUCCAUGUCUUUUGGAGAAAUAAGUGUCCUGGGUCUCUUCAUUUUGCUGGUUCUUUUGUGGUUCACAAGAGAUCCAGGUUUUGCCAGUGGCUGGGCCACAAAUAUCUUUAACUCCGAAGCAGAGUAUGUGACAGAUGCUACUGUAGCGAUCUUUGUGGCCAUUCUUCUCUUUGUUCUGCCCUCUGAACCGCCGCGUUUCUGUUCAUGGAGGUCUCAGAGUUUUGACACAGUUCUGCAUCAGUCUUCUGGCUCAACACCACGUCUCCUAACCUGGAAAGCAGCCCAUAAGAAGGUACCAUGGGGGAUUCUGCUACUUCUUGGAGGAGGUUUUGCUCUUGCUAAGGGAAGUGAAGUAUCGGGACUCUCAAAGUGGAUGGGGGAUCAGAUGACUCCUUUGCAGAACAUUCCUCCCUGGGCGAUUGCUAUCAUUUUGUGUCUACUAAUUGCCACCUUCACUGAGUGCACCAGUAACGUGGCCACUGCAACUCUCUUCUUACCUGUCUUAGCCUCAAUGUCUCAGUCUAUUGGAGUCAAUCCUCUCUACGUCAUGGUGCCUUGCACUCUGAGUUCUUCAUUCGCCUUCAUGCUGCCUGUCGCCACACCUCCGAAUGCCAUAGUCUUCUCCUAUGGAUAUCUCAAAGUUGCUGACAUGGCUAAGACAGGAAUAGUUAUGAACAUCAUUGGCAUUCUGUGCAUCACGUUGGCCAUUAACACCUGGGGCAAAGCCAUGUUUCACCUGGACACGUUUCCUGCCUGGGCAAAUUUCACAGGCGUGUGAGCCUCUUUGUGAUCGACGCACAGCCCUCCAAACACACAGCUGCCAGACAAAAACCUGUGGUCCGAGUGAACGCACAGCACCGAACAGUGAACUGUGUGUUGUAAUGUUGUCUGGGUGUUUUCACUCACAUAAGACCCUUUCUUGUGACUGAAGGUGGAAAUAUAUGUGAGGAGAAACUGAACAACUGGCAGGUAUUUGUGUGAAUAGGAAAAGGUUAGACUUUAAAGAAGGUCCUCAAGGUCUGAAUAAAUUAAAAUGUAUAGACUGCCAGUAAUUUAUAUCCUUACAUUUAAAGAAUCUGUUUUACAUAACCAUUUUUAGAGUUACCUUUUCAAACCACUGUAUUUUCUUAAAAACAUUCAGGAGAAAAGGUUUUUAACACGGGUAAAGUUGUAGUUUAGUGUCAUUUAAAAAUGUAUAGCAACAUGUUUUAUUUAAUAAUCUUUGAUGUAUAAAAAAAACGUUUUUUAGACAUAUUUAAGCCUGAGCAACAUACAGUAAAUGUACAGUUCAGAUGAAUAAAUUAUCUUUU